CAGGGGUGGACUGACCAUUUGGAAACUCGGGCACUGCCCGAGGGCCCGGGGUCAGUAGGGGGCCCCAUGAGAUGCCCCUGGUACCUUUUUUAUAGGCUUUUUUCAGUUUGGGCAAGGACACAGGAGCCCCAUGAUCCCCUAUUGCCCGGGGGCCCCAUGAGUUGUCAGUCCGCCCCUGUUCCAUAUUGGUUGUUGAUCAUUGUUCUCACAAUGGAUCUUGUAGUUAUAUGGCUGGGGUUGCAUAAUAGAACA